AUGCCACUGGCUGGCACCCACUUGGAGAGAUACCGCAAUGAAGGAGACUCAUUUCUGCAGCGUAUUGUCGCCAUUGAUGAGACAUUGGCACGAGCCUAUGAGCCUGAAUUAAAGCGUCAAUCAAAUGAAUGGUGUCACCAAGGUUCACCACGUCCACAUAAAUUUCGACAGGAACCCAGUCGGGUGAAGGUUAUGCUGAUUAUGGCAUACAACUGGGAUGGUGUGAUUCUUACACAUGCUGUACCUGAAGGACAAACUGUCAAAGCAGAUUACUAUUGCCGAUUUCUACAGCACCAUCUACGUCCGGCUAUGCGGCGCAAAAGUCCACGUUUAUUGCACAACAAUCUCCCUAUCGUAUUGCAUGACAACGCUCGUUGCCAUGUCGCAAACGAUGUCCCUCUCCUUUUGCGACGGUGGCAGUGGGGAAUCCUGGAACACCCUCCCUACUCGCCCGACAUGAGUCCUUGUGAAUUCGAUCUGUUUCCGAAGUUGAAGAAACCCCUCCGAGGUCACCGAUUUCAUGACGUUUCAUCUGUACUCCACGCAGUAGAGCGCUCGGUCGCUCACAUCAACAAUCAACACCUUGCCACUGGUCUACAACAGCUUCUCGACAUUUGGGAAAAGGUUAUGAACUUUGCUGGUGAUUACAUAGAAGUAAUGUAA